AUGGAUAUUACACACGCCCAAUCUCUCCCCACGCUCCCAAAAGCAACGCAAGCCUCAACCAACUACUGCAUGUACUACAUCAAGGAUGGAGACGCCCGCAAAAAUGAGACCGAGGCUCUGGCAGCAUGCUGCUCGCCCAAUUCAAUCCAAGAGGCAUCGCAAAAUGCCCAAUGGUGCGAGAUCCCCGACCGAUUUUUCCAAGGCCUGCCUGAGCCAGGCAGCGAUGACAAUCAGGCUAGUCACUGGCUGCAGGGUAAUUUUACUCUCUGCCAGAUGAAACAAAAUCCAGACUUGGAAGUCCAAUCGAAUUACUGUUCUCUGCCCAGAUAUAAUCCACAUCUUAGUGCGGCUGCUUCUUUUCAAGGGCAGCAGCAGCUGCUUGGUUUAUGUCUGGUUCUCUGGGUCUGGGUCUUUUGUCGCUGA